AUGAAAGAAAUUGAAAUCUUUGAAACCAAAUCUCCAGUAGAAGCUUCUAGCCCUUUGAGCGAUAAGAGAAUUCUGGAGGAGUUCGGCCCAAAAGCUUCCGACCAGUCAAAGAAGGGUUUCAACGGCGAAGGGAAAGAUAAUGAUGAUGAAUGCAGGUUUUGCCUAUUCAUGAAGGGGGGUGGGUGCAGGCAGAGCUUCAUUGCUUGGGAGAAGUGUGUGGAAGAUGCGGAGAAGAACAAGGAAGAUAUUGUGGACAAGUGUUUUAAGGUGAGUGGCUUGCUGAAGAACUGCAUGGAACAACACUCUGAUUAUUACCAUCCCAUUCUUCAAGCAAAAAAAGUCAUCGAGGCAGAGGUCGUCAAGGAGUUGGAGUGA